AUGGCAUGGACCCAGCAUGAUGAUGGCUACUGGACUCGGCCACUAGACUACCACGACAAAACCCUCGAAGCCGUAGGCGAGGUGGGAAACCCAUACGAUCAUGAGAACUGGUUGAUUAUGGUAACCACACGGCCUAGAUCUAAUGAUCUAAUGCACAAGAUGCCCUUGAGCCGGCUACAGAAUGUAUGGAAGGCACUCCGAUUCCAACACCCCGACAUAGCACCGGAGCUCCACGACGCCUGGUGUAAUGCAACGUGCCGGGUCCAUGCCGACGUGCGUUCCGCCGAUGAGCUCUUCGCUGGCCAGCUCUACGCUGCAGCGAUUGACGCAACCUGCCACUGGGUUCUAGCAAGUUGUCAGCUCGUCCUAGUGUCUUCCUGA